AUACGAAGUUAAACAAGAUGAUCUAUAGUCAUAAUUUAGCUUAUACGUUUUUUACAUCGACAGUAAAAAACUUGAAAAUAGCUGAUUGUAAAUUAUUGGGCUAUCAGUGGGAUGGAAGCUACAAAAAUGCAUUAGAAAUUUCACACGAAAUUCAAAAAAGUAACCAGUGUUCAAAUUGCUUAGAGAUGGGUAUUAAUGCUGUAAAUCAUCAAACUCAGAUAAGACGAUAUUUAGUUAUUACUUCAGCAUCAACACCGUACUGCCAACUGACAAAUGAUGAUGAAUCUUUGAUUACAAAAGCAAUAGAUAAGCUGAAAUCAGAUACCGCACUAUUUCCUCAGCUGCCAUCAAAUCCGUUAAAAAAUAUCUUUUCUUCAGAGUGGCUUAACUUUGGAAAAUAAAAAUAUGAUAACCAUAUGUAUACAAUUUGUAUUCGGA